AUGCAGACUCUGUGCACUGUCCUCUGCCUGCUGGCAGCUCCCUUGAGUGUCCUAUCAGAGCCAACACUGCAGGAAUCUGGCCCAGCGCUGGUAAAACCUUCCCAGACCCUGUCCCUCAUCUGCUCUGUCUCCGGGGACUCUGUCACCAGCAGUUACUACUGGAGCUGGAUCCGCCAGCAGCCUGGGAAAGGGCUGGAGUGGAUGGGAUACUGGACAGGUAGCACAACGUACAACCCGGCUUUCCAGGGCCGCAUCUCCAUCGUUGCUGACACAGCCAAGAACCAGUUCUCCCUGCAGCUGAGCUCCAUGACUGCUGAAGACACAGCCGUGUAUUACUGUGCUAAAGACACAGUGAGAGAAGUCAGCAGGAACUCAGACAUAAAUCUUCCCCACAUAGAGGAGGAUGGAAUCAAGGGGCCACUCAGAACAACCAAGCCCCAGGGACCAGCCUCCGGAGCAGGUGCAGAAGAAGCCAGGAAGGUGCUUCCUGUCAGUAUCAAGGGCUUCCUUUCCUUCCAGCCUGUUUGCCCAGGGGCCUCCUUCCUUCUCGCCUAUGCUCUACUUUACUUCCGUCUCAGUGAGACUCUAGGGACAGGCACAGCCUUUGCCCAGGAUCUCUUACACCUCACUUUUGUCCUUGACUUUGUUCCCGGUCUGAGCUUUGUUAGCUCAUCGGAGCAGUAA